AAAGAAGUGUUAGCACUUCUGAAGUCAUAAUAAUUUCUUCACACCCUGCUGCAUUAGGCUGAUAUGACUUUUUAAGUGUAUUUUCGCUUCAAAAUUCUCGUUUUCCUUUCUCAUUCUUUUAAUUUGUCGCAGUCGUCUUGCUUUGCAUAACAUGUCAGCCCACACUGCGAAGAGAAGGAAACUAAGCUCGCCCCCAGAAAAUGGAUCUACUCAGAAGUUCAGCUCAAACGGCCGGGAUGCUGAACUGUCGAAGAGUAUCCAUUCACACAGAAAGGUGCAGGUUGACCGCUCCGGAGAACUUGCACUAGCCAGUGGACUCUACAAGUCUAGCUUCUUCAAGCUGCAACUGGAUGAACUGCUGUCGUCGUCGAAGCCCAAUUACGACAAACAGGUCUCAAGAGUUCAGGACACUUUACACAGAGUAAAGGAGGCCAUUGAACGACUACACGAGAGACCUCCGAUGUUAGCUUGUGAGGCGGAGAGGGAAUUGCGCACCACACAUGGCAUUGUCGUCCCGUUCCCAGACCCUCGACCCUCGAGGGAGACAAAAUACUCCGUAUCUUAUGCUCCGCCAUCGAACAUCAAUGUGGUAGGGAGUUUUGCCUCGAAAACCGGUAUCAAGCAGACCGAGAAGUACACAAUCGAUCUAGCGGUGACAAUGCCACGUUCUCUUUUCCAGGAGAAAGAUUAUGUCAAUUACCGCUUCUUCCACAAACGAGCGUACUACAUUGCAUGCCUUGCUGCCGGCCUUCGGGAAGCGCAACACCUAGGCCUGGAUGUCAAAUUUGCUACACAGGAAGGCGAUAGUCUUCGUCCAGUCCUCGUCUUGGAGCCGAGCAGUGCUACCAGCGAUUUAGCACUCGCAAGGUCCCAAAUCCGCGUCAUCACGGCCAUCGAAGAUGAUUUGUUUCCCAUCUCGCGAACGCUGCCAACGAAGAUUAACGUGCGUUACGUCUCAAGCGAAAACACUGGCAAUAGUGAGCCUACACCCUUUUAUAAUUCGGCUCUCCGCUCAGAGGCCACUGUCGCGUCUUAUCACAAACACUGGGCGUUACUCAUGUCUCUCUUGUUGGAGGGUGGUGGUGCUAAUGGGAAACCAAUCCUUCUCAAGUCGUAUAGUUGCUAUCAGCUGUUUAAAGCGACUAUACAAUUUCUCGCAGGGCGUGACCUUACCAAGCCAUUACUAUUUUCCACUGUCGAUGGAGUUCCAUUUCCAGGGGACGGGCCUGUUGUAUACGACGGGAAACGUGGAAUCAAUAUACUCUAUAAGAUGACGCCUUGGUCUUAUACUUUCCUUCGUCACGAAGCGGGCAUAACUCUCAAAAUGUUGAACGAGUUCCGUGAUAACAAUUUUGAAAAAAUCUUCAUUGUGAAGGUCAAUGAACCCAUGUUGAGAUUCGAUCGGAUCAUUGCACUCCCCUCUCUUGACAACGGAAACAUUCUUCAAGCUAUUCGCAAUCAGCAGGCUAUCUACGGUGUCCUUUUGAAAGCUCUUGGAGAUCGAGUCAAACUUAUUCAUAUGUCCAGCCGCUCCAUCGAACCGUGGUCUGUCCUAGCGAAACCAUCCUCGAAGAAGCUAAAGGAAAGAAUAUCAGUUGGACUGCUUAUGAAUCCAGAGAACGUUUCGCGCGUUGUCGACCAUGGCCCUUCCGCGGAGCAAAAGGAAGAAGCAGCAUCUUUCCGGUCGUUUUGGGGAGAUAAAGCUGAACUCCGGCGCUUCAAGGAUGGCAGUAUUCUGGAGAGUCUUGUGUGGUCCGAUCAUCCAUCCUCGAAAUCGAUAGUCUUUCAGAUAUUGUCUUAUAUUCUGCGGCGCCAUUUCAAUUUCGUUGACGAAGACAUUCAUUAUGUUGGUGAUGAAUUCGAGGAGAAACUUAGCAGCUACGGAAGUGGUAUAGUCUCAUAUACUAGCCCGUCCUUCCAGCUGAUCGCGGAUGCCUUCAGCUCAUUGGAAAAGUCUAUUCAAGACAUGGAAGGUGUUCCAUUGACAGUGAGACACCUAGCACCUGCUAGCCCGCUUUUGCGAUACACUGCCCUCCGGGUUCAACAUGCUCCUAGCAUACCGGGCGAACGUGUCGAUGUGGUGCUCCAGUUCGAGAGCUCGGCGCGUUGGCCGGACGAUCUUGCGGCAAUUCAAAUGACGAAAGUGGCCUUUCUGGUCAAAAUAGGCGAUUGCUUAGGAUCAUCUGGUGUCGCUACUUCUUGUAGGGUGGGUUUAGAAAACGGCACCAGCCGAAUUCUCAACAACGCAUAUCUUGACAUUUUUCAUGCAUCCGGUGUCAUAUUCCGCUUGCGCAUUCAUCAUGAUCGAGAGCAAACCCUAUUAGAACGAUUGCUGAAGCAGAAAGGAGAGAGCGCUCAAGCAAAGCAGGAUGUGGCGUACGCUCUGGCGAUGUACAAGCGGACUUUUCUCCAAUCACCUCGUCUCACUCAAGCAAUCCGUACCCUGUGUACACGUCAUCUAUUACUGUCGCCUACCGUCCGCUUACUCAAGCACUGGUUCAAUUGUCAUCUCUUCAAAGGUCAUGUAUGCGACGAAUUGGUGGAGUUGUUCGCAGUUCGGGUGUUCACGCAGUCGUAUCCAUGGGAUACGCCGUCCAGUGUCAUGGCUGGCUUCCUGAGAACCCUCCAUCUGCUCUCACGGUGGGAUUGGCAGCAAGAGCCGUUAAUGGUUGACCUGGGCGGGCAGUUAGAUCAAAAUGCAGUUGAAGUGAUCCGCACACGCUUUGCCGCUUGGCGAAAGAUCGAUCCGGCGAUGAAUAAUGUCGCUCUGUUUGUGGCUUCGGAUAUUGAUACCGACGGAAUCUCCUGGACACAGUAUGAGAUGCCUUCGAAGGUUGUGGCAGCUCGCAUGUCCUCUUUGGCAAAGGCGGCUGUGAGAUUGAUGCGAGAAAAAGGAUAUGCUCUCGACGUUUCCGACCUCUUUCAUACAUCUUUAGCACCUUACGAUUUUGUGUUGAGUUUACGGUCGAAAGCGCUCACGGAAGUCCUAGCACCUUCAUCAUCAUCAUCCAGAUUCAAGAAUCUGCAACAACAGGUCAUUCCAGAGCGAGCCGAUAAGCUCACAGUGGUCAGAACAUUCGUUCGCGAGUUGCAGGCGUGCUUUAGUCCAAACAUUCUGUUCUUUCAUGGCGAUGAGCAGUGCGACGUGAUUGCAGGCCUCUGGAACCCACAUACGGUCAAGCCCAAGAAUUGGAGCCUGAAAAUGACAUACUCCACAAUACCUGUUGCCCUGGUGAAACCGGAGGUGAAGGGCAGUGAAGAUGUUUCCAUCAACCAAACGGCUAUCUUGAACGAGAUUGCGAGGUUGGGGGCACAUUUGAUUGAAGGGAUAGAUGUGCACAAAGAAGAUACGGAAAAUAGUGCUUAGGAGACCUGUUUUCCGAUAUGUACUAUAGUGGUACCCAAUUCAGCGCCGUUGCAAUGCGAUGCUUGGAAAAUAAAAAAAAAAGAAAACAAGAGAAAGGGAAAACAUGGAAUAGCACACGGACAAAAUGGGAUACAGGAACGGCUCCAGCUGGCCUACAUAAGUGAAAAUCAUUCCCUUUCCCCAAAUCAUGAUCCGGCCAAUACCUUCUGCGGCUUUUCUACUUGCGCCUGCGAGGAGAAAGAACAAAACUUGUCCUUGAUGGCGACGACCUCGUAGGUUCCUUCGUCAGAGGUCUUGAUCGUUUUCUUAUGCUCGUAAGAGAUAUCGUGUUUGAUGUCCAGG